GCGCCGGGAGGCGGAGCCGGGGGGGCGGCCGGUUUGGUCUCUGCCGCGUGGGGCGGCGGCAUGGAACGGGAAGCCGGCCCUGGGGGCGCGCGCCGGGCGCUGGGCCUCCUGGUGGAGGCGGUGCUGGCAAACCGAGGCAAGGCCAACGCCGUGUUCGACAUCCUGGCCGUGCUGCAGUCUGAGGAUCAGGAGGAGAUCCAGGAAGCGGUGCGCGCAUGCAGCCGACUUUUCGGGGCCCUGCUGGCCCGCGGAGAGCUGUUUGUGGGCCAGCUGCCCUCUGAGGAGAUGGUCAUGGCAGGGUCCCGGGGGGUCACUCGCAAGUACAGGGUGUGGAUACGGCACCGGUACCACAGCUGCUGCAAUCGCCUGGGGGAGCUCUUGGCUCGCUCCUCCUUUCGGGUCAAGGAGCUGGCCCUCGGCACGCUCAUGAAGUUCGUGCAGCUGGAGGGCGAGCACCCCCUGGAGAAGCCCAAGUGGGAAGGCAACUAUCUGUUCCCCCACCAGCUCUUCAAGUCAGUGGUAGGAGGCCUGCUCUCUCCAGAAGAGGACUGCUCUCUGCUGCUCUGUCAGUUCCGGGAGUUCCUGGAAUACGACGACAUCCGCUACCACACGAUGCAGGCUGCGGCGGACGCUGUGGCCCGGGCCGCUGAUGGGCGCCCUGAGGUGCCGCUCGUCUUUUGGAACAACGCCUUCACGCUGCUGUCCUCCGUGAGCCUGCCCCUCCAGGAGAGCACCCCCUCCAGCUUCUACGUGAAGCACGCGGAGCUCUCGGACAAGUGGAAGGUCGUUCAUCUGAGGGAGCACAGGAAGGCCUUCCAGCAGAUGUGGCUCGGCUUCCUCAAGCACCAGCUGCCUCUCCGCGUCUGCAAGAAGGUUCUGGUGAUCACGCACGACUCCAUCCUGCCUCACCUGGCACAGCCCAGCCUCAUGAUUGACUUCCUCGCCCGCGCCUGUGACGUUGGUGGAGCCAUCAGCCUCCUGGCUUUGAACGGACUUUUCAUCCUGAUUCAUAAGCACAACCUGGAGUACCCUGCUUUCUACCGGAAGCUGUAUGGCCUGCUCGACCCGUCCGUCUUCCACGUCAAGUACCGGGCCCGCUUCUUCCACCUGGCCGACCUCUUCCUGUCGUCCUCGCAUCUGCCUGCCUACCUGGUGGCUGCCUUCACCAAGCGCCUGGCCCGCCUGGCCCUGACGGCGCCCCCCGAGGCUCUGCUCACGGUCCUGCCCUUCAUCUGCAACCUGCUGCGCAGACACCCCGCCUGCCGCGUCCUCGUGCACUGCCCCAGGGGCCCAGAGCUGGACGCCGACCCCUAUGACCCCCGAGAGGAGGACCCUGCCCGGAGCCGAGCCCUGGAGAGCUCUCUGUGGGAGCUGCAGGCCCUCCAGCGGCAUUACCACCCCGAGGUGUCCAAGGCCGCCAGCGCCGUCAGCCAGGCGCUGUCCGAGGCCGAGGUCAGCAUCGCGCCGCUGCUGGAGCUUACCGCCUUCCAGAUCUGCGAGCGGGACCUGGAGAAGAAGGGGCCCGAGCCGGUGCCACUGGAGUUCAUCCCGGCCCAGGGCCUGCUGGGCCGGCGGGGCGACCUCUGUGCCCAGCACUUCACGCUGAGCUGACCCUGCGCGCCCCGCUGCCCCCGACGGACGGUCUUGUGGGAAAGCCGCUGGGGGCGGGGGUCUCGGGAGGCGCAGGUCCUUCACCUGUGCCCCUGGGGCUGGGGUCACAGCGCCGGCGGGGUGCCCGCCCCGCCACCCCCCCACCCUGCUGGCCCCGCCGGAGGGUGCUGCCCGGGGCCCUCCCUUCCCUGCAGCCUGGUGGGGAGGGGCGAGGGGGGGUAUGGGGGGCGCUGCAGGGCAGCCCCUGCUUCCGGGGCCUCAGUUACACGCGCGCCGGGUCGUGGCUUCUGUCGGCCCCCGCGAUUCCCCCGAAGACGCGUCAGGCCCUCUGCAUCGCUGUGCUUCCUGACACGGGGCGGCCACGGGAGCCUCUCUGCUGCAGUUAGACUGUGACGUGGGAGUGACGGGGGCGGGGGGUGCUCUGCGCCCCGGUCGGUCUCGGCGGGGAGCACAGGGAGGGGCGCGAGCUCGCUGUGCCCGGCCAGGCCCUACCGAGGUCACCUUUGUCCCCAGAAGCGCAGUGAGUCUGGGGGUGAGCGUCUGCCCCGUCGAGGGGUUACAGGCAGGGCCUGUCCGUCCCUCCACCCCCUGAGCGGAGUGGGCCAGCAGCGCGUUUGUUUCCGGGGUUAUCUUUUCGAGGUUUCUUUUCUGCCAAAGAUGCCGCAUUUUCCGGCUCUGGCAGUGACCCGGUUUCCUUUAAAAAACCCACUCGGUCCGGCACACGCCUGGCGCCGGCCCACACUUGGCAGGGGCUGACGGGGGCACGGGGGUGGGGCAGCCCACAGGGAGACACCCCGCUGCCCUCCGCCGCCUCCUGUCUGGGCCCCGCCCCGCCCCUCCCCCCGGGGAGCAGGGUGGGGGCUCGUGGCGGGCACCCUGGAGUCACAGCAGGGAAGGGUUCCGCCAGUCUGGUGUCCAGGUCCCCCCCGCCGGCCCGGGUCCCAGUGCGCCCUGCUGGUAGCACAGCCCGCGGCUGCCCUUCACCCGCCUUCCCACGAGCAGCAGGGGAUGCUCGUUGCUGACCUGGAAACCGCCUUGUCCCCGGGGCGCAGGGCUUGCCUGGAGCGGGGCGCGGGGGGGGGCGGUCUUGAGAGAGCCGGGCUCUCUGGCACCAGGAGUGUCCGGUGGGCCAGAGGCCGCCGUGGCGUUGUGUGGGAUGCCAGGGGCCGGUGCUGGACGGCCUGAGGCCUCCCGCUUUUCUUGAAAAAUACCGCUAUGUGAAAAAAAUUACAAACUGCAAAACACUUGAACA